GUUGGAUGUGCAUGUUAGUGCGCUUGGAAAUCUUUGAGAGCAUUGGAAAUCACUCAGUUGAACAUUGCAACCGAACCAUAAUUAAUUUUUACUAGAAAUAUUGAGAGAAACGUUUUCUAAAAGUGAAAUUAAGCCAGACAAAUUUUAAUUAUUUUAAAAGCACAAGAAAAAAUAAAACAUUAAAUAAUUUAUAAAAUAAUAUAUCAAGCAUAAUUUUUAAAAACUAACUAUUUUUGAAAAAGGAAAACUUAACGUAACAACCGCAGCAUUGCAGUGAAGGGUGAAUUAAUUAGAAUUUCCUAAAACGCAAUUACCGUAAAGUACUCGCGCCACAAAGGCGCUUAAACGCUUGAACGUUUUAUUACAUUCUCAGUCUAGUCGUGGAAGGAUAACAUCUAAAUUUGAAAAUCUCUACUCGAAAUAAAUUGUAUUCAAACCAACAAUAACAAUAAAUUUGAAAUUAAUUUAUAAUUAACACGCAAUCGCCAAGCUUUACUGCGCCAUCACACCAUCAUUAUCAUUAGCGCAUUUGCGUCUUCGAAAUUUCUAAAACCCCAAAUAACGAAGCAUCAUCUCAUUAUGGAAAAACACGCAACUCCGAAUCACGCUGCGGCUGGGCAGCAUCAUCAGCAUGGCCACCACCCGGACAAGAUAAGCAAAUAUCUUGUUAAUACGGACAAAAGUGGCGAAUUGACCGUUACAGUGCAGGGCGACUUGACACAACAAGAAAAGCGUGCAGUCUUUAUUACAGUCCACGAUCUGGGAUGCAAUCACAACUCAUUCCAAGAAUUUGUCAGCAGUUCAUGCAUGACGGAGAUUAAGGAGCGUUCCUGUUUCAUACACAUCGAUGUACCUGGACAUGCUGAUAAUGCUGAGGCCUUACCGGACAGUUUCCAGUUUCCAUCACUGCAAACACUGGGUGAAGAUCUCAUCACCGUUUUGGACUUUCUGCAUGUCAAAUAUGUGAUUGGCUUGGGAGAAGGCGCCGGUGCUAAUGUCUUGGCUCGCUUCGGUUUGGCCCAUCCAUCCCGAGUGCUCGGUUUGGUGUUGAUUAAUGCCACCGGUAGCGCCGCCAGCGUUUUACAAUCAUUCAAAACUAAGCUAAUACAAUGGAAGAACGAUGAUAUUGCACAAUCGGCCGAAAGCUUUUUAAUGUAUCACAAAUUUGGACAUGUUAUGGAGUUCCAGCAAUUGGUUGGCGAUAAUCCGGAUAAGGAAAAGAUCGUCUCCGAAUAUCAGAAGCGUUUGCACAGCACUUUGAAUAGCAAAAAUGUGGGACUCUAUGUCAAAGCUUUUAUGAGCCGAAAAGAUCUUACAUUGAAAGGUUGCAAGAUUGAUGUCAUCUUAAUCACGGGCUUGUUGAGCCCCUAUGCGUCGAUGGUUGAGAAGUUGCACAAAGAUGUGGAGAAGGAGAAGGUGACUAUUUUGAAAAUAGAACGUGCUGGUGAUGUUUUGGCUGAUGCGCCGGCCAAAGUAGCUCAGUCUAUUUUGCUCUUCUGCAAAGGUCAAGGCAUUUUAACCUCUGUCGUUAUGCCGGGCGUUGAUCGCGGACGUGCUUACUCGACAAGUUCCGGUGGUUCGGUGGACGGACAGAAUGGUUCACGCAAACUAUCACGUGGUGUCUCCAUGGAAGAUUACGACAAGCCAAAUAUACGCCGAUUGAGUAUUAUCAACAACGAAUCACCGAAGAAGUAAACGGCGCGUUUGAGACAAAGAAAUAUUGAAAUGCAUGAAAUUAUUAUAUGUGCAGGCAUACCCAUAUACACAUUUUUUUGCAUAAAAUAUAUGGGUAUGCUAGUUAUAGUUCAAAAUAUUGUUAAGCUUGAAAUGUGUGGGACAAAAAUAUUACAUACAAUGCGCCCAAAAAUCAUUAUGUUACUAUUAAGCCAAAAAACAAAUAUAAUUAAUUAGAAAUUAUUUGAUGCUUCACUAAUUUAUCGCAUAAUAGAAAGAUUUAAAGCUCUUAGUUUAAAUUACCAAAUAUAUACAUAUGUAUGUAUAUAUAUAUGAAAUUAAAAAAAAAAUGCCAACGUUUAAAUACUAAAUCAGAAACUAGUAUCGUUUGAAUUUCACAAUGUAGUAAACAUAUUUACAUGGCUAUAUAUUGAUAUAUAUACAGCACUACCAUAUAUACAGCACUUACAAACAUGUAUACACAGCUAAGUAAAAUAAUAAAAUCACUUCAAAAACCUGAAAACGGUUAAAUUAUUUGAAGCGUAUUACGCACUUAAUCUUUAUUGCAUGAUACUUACGUAUAUACAUAUUUUCACUAAAAUUACGCAUAAUAUUUUAAAGUCAGCAGCAUCUAAAUGACAUUUUCAUAAAUAAAUUAAAAUAAUAAUGUUUACUUUUUGCACAUUAAAAUUAAAAAUUAAACCCACCUACAACGAAAAAGUGACCACGCAUAUCUCCCAAAAACAUUUUUCAAAAAAAAAAAAACAAAAAUCCAGUAUAGUAAGAACAGCUCAUGGAAGAUUUGGAAACUGUCAACUACACAUAAUACCUCCGAACGUUAACGAAAACAGUACCUUUCAAUUAACUAACAAAGUACACCGAAAACUCUUAUCGAAUUUCGCUUAUUUCUACAAAAUUUUUAAAUUUGUAAACAAACAUAUUCAAACGUUUUUGAACGCCAUUUUAAUCACAUUUCCAAAUAUUCUUAAGAAAAAUGUUAUAAACAAAGAAAAUAUUAUCCGUAGAUUUGUAAAAAGACGACGAAGAGAUUAUUAAAAAUCAUUAACUUGUAAAUGUAGCAACAGCUUGUUCUUAAAUAAAAUUCGUUAUAUGCUUAUGAUGUUAUAAAAAAAUGUAGUCAAACACGCCGCCACCAUAAUAAAUUGAAGUAUAUAUGCUAUAAUUACAUUCAUUAGAAAAUGCGUAUGGAAGUUAAAUUUGAACUCUAGCCUUGCAAUUUUCAAUACAAUGAAAAAAAGAAAAUUUAGAAGCAAGCUCAGUUAAAAAUUACAAGCUCCCAAUUAACACAACAUAACUUCAUUUCCACAUGGAUUGAAACAAAUAUUCAAUUGCAAUUAGAAAAAUAUUUUUUUAAUACAAUUACAAGUAUUUCGUCAAAGCAGCGAAUUAUUAUUUCACAUAAAAUUUUAUUUUAUUUGCAAAAAUACAUAUGUACAUAUAAUAUGUAGGCAUGUUAUAUCAAGGUAUGUGCUGCUUGUAUGUGCAUAUUUAGAAGAAAUGUAUUAGCGUUUAUAUUCAAAUUAUGCUUAUAUAAUCUACACUGAACGCAAUGCCACAAAGCCAAUAAAAUCACACAAAUGAAUAUUUAACAUGAAAAUAUAAUAAUCAAAAAAUGUAUUGUAUUUAACUACAAAAACUAAGCCAAACUUUAACUAGAAUUGCAUUAAAAGGAGAAUUCUAUAUCAAAUUAUGUAACGAUAAGGUGUUUAGCGAUAUGUGAAAUUAAAUUGUUUAAAAAAAGUUUAUAAGGAACUUUAAAAA